AAAACAACUGCAUGCUUCAGUCUGUCCCAGCGCGCUUAGCUAUCACGAAGUCUGUUCCGCAAGAGUCCGACGGAAGCAUUUGUUGUGGCAUAGCGAGACUUGUGCGCGAAAUAUAGUUUUAGUUUAUUUUUUCUUGGAAAAAUCAGCUCUCAAAUGCGAACGAUGAGGAGUGACAUUGGCUUAAUAAUUGUGCUGAUUCUCGCUGGAUCAGUAUACGGUGGUGAACUGACAAAGUGGCAAAACCAAAGAGAAGAUGCCGUUUUUGCGCUGUUUCGCCCUCAGGACGCGUCGCAGGGCGCCCUACUCCUUCAGGAAGCAGCCAGCCAAGGCAAUGCUGAUGCGGAGAGUGACCUAACUCUGGCCAAGCUCCUCGGGAUGGGCGUUCCCCAAGACAUCGAGGCAGCCGAAAAGUCUUCCAGCAGCCUCGUAGAGGGCGGCGGAGCACGCGCCCAUACGACGCUGGGCCUCCUCCUCUCCCACAACCUGACGGGGACAGAGAUGACGGAGGAGAAGCGCCAGAGCCAGGCCCUCUCGCACUACAUCAUAGCAGCAAUGAGUAACGACCCCAUCGCGCAGAUCCUUGCAGGUUUGCACUACCUGAAGGUGGGCGAUUGUGAUGCUGCCCUUCAGUAUUUUAGGAGGGCUGCCCUUGCCGUGAUCCCCGCCGUUCCCGAGGAAAUGAUGAUGCAGGAUUCUCCUCGAUACGUGUGGCCAGAGGACGACGAGUUCGAGGGGCGGAUGACUCUGGACGAGUUCCACUUUGUGGAGCUCAUGGCUCAGCACGGAGACGCUGACGCUGCUCUCAAGACCGCGGUUUUCCUGUACCGCGGACUGCCCGGCCUUCCGCGGGACGUUCGCGGAGCGGUCGGGUAUUUACGACAGGCUGUCAAGGAAAACAGCACCUCGGCCAUGGUGAUGCUGUCGUCUAUACUGCUUCGACACGACAUUCCAGACGUCGAGGAGGACGUUCUCGGCCUCCUUCAGACCGCACUCGACCUCGGGGAAAAGUCAGCCCACGCUUACCUUGGCCUGCUCUAUCUCAAUGGUUUCAAAGAUGUGCCCAAGAAUCUGGCGAAGGCGAAAAUACACCUCACACAAGGAGUUAUGCACGGCUUUACAGAAGCCUUCUACCUCCUGGGGAAGCUGUAUGAAGAGGACAGCAGCGGGGGGUCCGACGAGGCCAUAGCUUUAUGGCAUGUGUCAGCCUCCGUUGGACAUGUUCCGUCGGCCUUCCGCAUCGCCGAGAGGUACUGGCAGGAGCUGCAUCGAGGAGCUGCAGAUGCAGAUAACACGGCUGUUUUUGCAAAGGCACUCUGCCAAUCCGCCGUGUCUCUGUACCGUGAGGUGGCACUAUCAGGGGACUGGCACUAUCUCCUAGAGUCAGCGUACGAAGACUACGUUAGUGGUCACGCAGGAACAGCGUUAAUGAAAUACCUGCUGAUGUCUGACUUAGGUUAUCCUUCAGCUCACGUAAACGCGGGCCGAUUGUUGGACUCAGGAAACGAUGGAAUCUACAAUACUGAAGAGGCUCUCCACCAGCAGGCCAUGAAGGUAUGGCAGAAGGCGGGGGGACACGGCCCGUACGUCCGCUUGGGUGACCUUCACUACUACGGCCAAGGUGUUCCUCAGGACCUUACACUGGCUUUCAUGUACUACAACAAUGCUUCGAUGCUAGGAAGUGCCCACGGACUGUUCAACGCAGCUCAGAUGGUGGAAUGGGGCGAGGGAGUCGCGCAGAACGUGACAAAAGCGCGGGAAAUGUACGAAGAGGCCGUUAAAGAUGCUCACGUUCCGAUGGCACUCGCUCUCCUAAAACUGGACCUUUUCCUCUGCUUGAACGCUACCCUUGGUCUCGACCUUUACGCUGUGGACUGGUCUUUUCCGUCUCUCAAAGACCAUGGGGGCCACAGUUUCAUUGUGAACACUUCCAUCCAUGCCGGGACAUCAUACUCAUGGCUGUUCUCGCUGUCAUUAUUACUGUCAUGGUUGCAUUAAGAGCGAUAUCUGUCCGGAAUCGCUGAUGGUUGUAAGGUAGCAUAAGCUUUCACAUAUCACUGUAAUCAAAAUAUCAUCCUAAGCAUUAACACAGUACAAUUAUUUUUAUGUCAGGGUUAUAAUAGGUCGUUCUUGCAGCAUUAUGAAUGUUUAUGCAUUAGGUUUUCUGGUUUCCGAGAAAACGGAGCUCAAAUAUGUUAAGAGUUUAUACUUUGAUAACAAUGUUAAAGACUUAUUUGUGCUCACACGAACAAUGUCAUUUUGUAUUAUAUAUAAGGUUACAAAUGUUAGCUACUGUACACUGUAGGUAAUGUAUAUGUGAUAUUUAUAGUUUUUGUACAUUGCAAGAUAUUGCAGUAGUUUGUGAUAUUAAGAUUAUUUUAGAAUGCCUAGUCAUAGUACUGAACACACACACACACACACACACACACACACACACACACACACACACACACA